UAUCGGACUAAAACAAGUAAUGGAUGAAUUGCUGUGAAUGCGAUGGGUACAUAUUCAACACAAUUUGCGUUUUAUCAGAAACUUAAUUUUAAUUUGCAUAUUCAUACAUAAAAAAGGAAACACGGGAUACAUACAGGGUUGAGACUAAAACUGUUACGAAUAUGUUAAAAAAUCUAGGUUGAAUUUUGACUCGUAGUAGGCCUAACUGAAAGAAAAUAACUUUUGUGUUAAAGAAUCUUCAGGAUGAAAAUACAAACCUUGAGAAUAAUUCUAUGUAUGUGUUUGCUUCGAUGUACCAAGACGGAAAUGUUUGACCAGGCGUUUGAACAGGAUCUGGAAAGUUUUAUAGAAAAUAUAAUGGAAUGUCGGCGCCUCCCUGGGUUGACAAUAUCUGUUGUUAAAGAUUCAAAGACUUGGGCCCGGGGUUAUGGAACAGCCGAUUUUUCGCAAGGACGAAUGGUAGACAACGCUACACAAUUCAAUAUAAAUCGUUUACAAUGGUGCUUCUAGGUGUACUUUUGACAGAAAAGGGGUUGGACUGGAACGCAAAAGUUCAAGAUAUUCUUGGAUCAAACUACGAGUUUAUAGACGAGUACCGAAGUAACGAGACGACACUUCGAGACAUGCUCUCACAUCGAACGGGUCUAGCUCGGCUUGAUAUAGGCCUUUUAGCCGGUUAUCCGACUGGUCUGACUAGGGAAAAAUUAAGCCAGAAAAUAAAGCACUUGCCACAAAAGCGGCCUUUUCGGGAUACCUUUCUUUACAAUAACGUUUUGUUUAUGGUGCUUGGACUUGUGGCGGAAAAAUUGGGUAAUGACACCUGGGAAAACCUCGUGACGUCUAAAGUAUUGCAGCCAAUAGGAAUUACUUCUACUCGGAUUCUUAGAGAGCCAAAAGAUGUACUGGAAGAUGGUGUUGCUAAACCUUACAUAUUUAAGGACAAUCAAUUUCAAAAUGGUUCUGUCGAAUUAUAUAGCCUCCAUCUACUUGAACCGGCUGGUGCAAUUUUAUCAACAGGAGAGGACAUGGCUAAAUAUAUGAGAUUUAAUCUAAACGAUGGAGUUACAGAUUACGGAGAUUCUUUGAUUGACCGUAAACUACUUUAAAAAAACAUUACAGGUUUGAUGAACUUCUGUUGGUCUCAUGUGUUGUUUCUGCAGAUUAAUAAAUUUAUUUGUCUUUCCCAAUGAAUACGAAGUCGGCUUACUACUGUUUUGUACUAUUAUUCACAUCCUAUUUAUAGUUAUCAAUGUAUCCAUUACUAAAAAAUAAUCACUCUUACUUUCAUCAUUAAAAAAGAUAUAAAAUUUAAUUAGACAGACCAUGUGCUUUAACUUCAUAUAAUACAUAUUUACAUUUAAAGAAAACAUGUAUUUGCCUCUAUUUGUAUUUUUGUAAAGUACAAACCUGAUUUCUCGAUAAAUAGGAAUCCUUUGACCAGUUUUCCUUUGUUACGUUUAUGCUCCUAAAAGAUUGUUAAAGAUUCUACGUACGGCUAUUACAACAGCAGUCUUUAUGUUUCAAACGGCGUCCAUAAAUUGUCACCAGGUACUUGGAUUCAGUGUUACCUUUUAUGAUCAUUUGGGAUUAUCCAGUUUAUUCAAUGUAACUGUAUAAUAGGGGUUUACUGAUGCUAGGGUGCUGUUAAUAAAAUAAUAAACCCGCCUAUGGCACAUUAUAUCCGGUUUGUAUAUGAGAACACGGACUUUAGCCUUUCACAAAGGGACAUUUCUUCGAAGACUGUGUCACAUUCGAUUUGAAACGGCAGCAAACAAAAUCGCACCAGUCUGUAAAAAUCAUCAGGAUUUGCGAGCUGUACGCAACUCGUACUGCUUCGUUUUUAUUAUACGCCUGUUUUGAAAAAAACGUCCGGAUUAUGUGAUGGCGCCUGCGUCUGUCCGUCUGUCCGUCAAAUUUCGUUUCCGGAGCAUAACUAAAUAACAAUUCAAGGUAUUGACUUUAAACUUGGCGUAUUUGACUUUAAACUUGGCGUAUUGGUAAAUGAUCAUAAGAAGAUCAGUAGGUUAAAGAUGAAGGUCGCAAAUGGAGCUCAAAUGUCAGUUUGGGCCCUCAUUUUUCAUGUCGGGAGCAUAACUUAAUAACCAUUCAAGGUAUUGACUUUUAACUUGGCAUAUUGGUAGAUGACCAUGAGACAAAUGAUGUGCAGAGCACAUGAGCCAGGUUGGUAGGUCAAAGGUAAAGAUCACAAAUGGAGCUCAAAAGUCAAAUUUGUUCUUCAUAUUUUGUGUCCGGAUCAUAACUUUAUAACCAUUCAAGGUAUUGACUGGGCGGUGAUGAGGAGAUUUGACGAGUGCAGCAUUUACGCUUUGCCACGGAACGUGCAUAUAUAAAAAGGUGUUAUAACAGCACGUGAGCGCGAGAAUCCCUCUGCUAACACAUGUUUUCUCUCCUGUUAAAACACCCCCGAAAAGUGACAAUAACAGCACUUUUAUGCUAGAAUGGACCAAAAUGCGAUAUAAAAAUCGAGAUGAUAUGUUUCUAAUAACGCAUAUUGAGAAAAUUCAGUUCCUUUCCAUACGUAUUCUAUCUAUUCAUUUCAACUAAUAGAAAAUCCAAAGUCCCAAGUAAGAUAUAACCAAAUAGAGAAAAGUGGAAACUUCACAGGUCGCUCAACACGACAAAAACGAAAAUGUUGCAGGUUCGGUUUGAUUGAGCCUGUUCAUGGACGGUAGUGGAAAUGCAUGCUACCGUCCACGCCCUCUAGCCCCAGCCAUUUUACACGACCAAAGCUUCAUUGCACGGGAAAACAGCAGAGCUCAUUAUUCCGGCCAGUUUUGUAACUACUCAGUCACUCUAAUGAAGUUUUGUUGAUGAGAUAUAGGGAAGCUUUAAUUACCUUGUCUUUGUAUGUGAUAUUGCUACAUGUGAGAAUAACAUUAUUACGGACUAUUAUAUUCAAGUUGUCUCUUAGACAGUAUUUUGUAAUUGAGAUUGAAAACAUAUUUUACUAUAUAAUCGUAAAAGAUCAUUUUACGGCUAAAAAAACGAAUCCUUAAACAAUUCGCUCUGGGUUAUUUUAAUUUGAAGGUUCUAAAAUGUGGUAAAGGUAGUCUGUUUUAAAGGGGAGCGGUGGUCUAGUGGUUAAGUUGUUGAUCGCUCAGUCCGAAGAAGGCCGGUGACUCUAGCCCCACUAGAGUAAUCACCGCACCUUCUCAUGUGACACCACACACCAGUAGUUGUUUUCCGAACUUGAAUGUUAUUUAAAUAAGUCUAUUUUGGCAUAGAAUAAAUUAUAAAUUAAGUGUUAUAUCUGCUCCUGGUGGAAAUCCAUA